CCAACAUACAACGUGCGCCGUCCUCGCAGCCAGCUUGGCACCUGUUGCUGUCCAUGGAUGCCCGCCGUUUCCGCUGUCCCGCCCUCCUCUGCCUGUCUGACUGCGAACAGGCCACCCGGCCCAGCCUUCAGUAUCCACAUUCACCAUUCCCCCGCCAAUUGCCCAUCUUCUUCACUCCCGCCUGCUAGCCUUCCACGACCGGAGUCCACCUCGUACUCUCUCCCUCUUUCUAUCUUCCCCCAUGGUGGCCUCACCAACGAGUUAGUCCCGCUACCCUCUCACCAUGGAAGUUGAUAUUGCUCCCCAAUUCGGCGCUGAGCUAAAGGAUGGCUUCAAGAACGUCAAUGCCUGGGUCUCUGGUGGCAUUGCAUGGCUCGACGAUGUGCAGCAGUUCUACCGGGAACGCAGCGCCAUAGAAAAGGAAUAUGCAGCCAAACUCAGUACCCUCGCCAAAAAGUACUUUGAGAAGAAGUCGCGAAAAUCCAGCAGCUUGAGUGUUGGGGAUACCCCGACCGUCACCCCGGGCUCACUGGAAAGCGCUUCCAUGACCACAUGGGGGGUCCAGCUGACCACCCUGGAGUCCCGAGCCUCGGAACACGAUCAGUUUGCGACUGCCCUCAUCACGAACCUCGCCGACCCCCUCAAGGCCGUUGCCGCCCGCUACGAAGAGCUUCGGAAGCUCCACGCCGAUUAUGCCGCCAAGCUGGAAAAGGAACGCGAGUCCACAUAUGCCGAUUUGCGCAAGAUGAAGGGCAAAUACGACAGCUCAUGUCAAGAGGUGGAAAACCGCAGGAAAAAGACAGAGAGCGCCUUCGAUCAUGGCAAGCAGAAAGCGCGCAUAGCCUUUGAGCAGCAGCAAGGCGAAAUGCGAAACGUCAAGAACACCUAUGUCAUCGCCAUCAACGUAACAAACAAGCAGAAGGAGAUGUACUACCACGAGUAUGUACCAGAACUUCUCGAUAGCUUACAAGACCUCUCCGAAACCCGCGUCACCAAAUUAAACUCUAUUUGGUCUCUCGCAGCCACACUAGAAACGCAGACGCUCACGAGAAGUACCGAACUCGUUCAGCACCUCUCGGCCGAAGUUCCCCGUAACAACCCGUUGCUGGACUCGAUGAUGUUUGUCCGACACAAUGCUGGCGGUUUCCAAGAACCCGCAGAUUUCCAAUUCGAACCCAGUCCCGUCUGGCUCGACGACGGCACCAUUGCGACCGACGAAGCAGCGACCGUUUUUCUGCGUAAUGUUCUCACCAAGUCCAAAUCCUCCAUGACGGAACACCGGCGAGAGCUAGACAAGAAGCGCAAAGAGGUGGAGACGGCAAGGAAAGUGCGCCAGAACAUUAGAGAUGGUAAAGACAAGCGAGAUGAAGUGGAAGUAGUGCGCGCCAUCUUUGGUCUGCAGGAAGGGAUGCACGAGGUAGAAAGACAGAAGGUGAAUGCGGAGGUGGAAGUGUCGACCAUCACCUCUGUUGUAGGCGAUCUGAGUCUGGGUGCUCGAAAUCACAACUUCAAAGGCCAAACAUUCAAGAUACCCACCAACUGUGAUCUUUGCGGAGACCGAAUUUGGGGGCUGUCUGCCAAAGGGUUCGAUUGUCGCGACUGCGGAUAUACGUGCCAUAGCAAAUGCGAAAUGAAAGUGCCGGCGGAUUGCCCAGGCGAGCAGAGUAAGGAAGAGAAGAAGAAGCUGAAGGACGAAAGACAGAAGUCUGCACAUAGCGCACCGCCAGCCAACGGGCACUCUGGUGCAGCUGGCGACAUGCCGCGCAUCAGUCGAAGCGAUACGGUCAACUCGAUGAACACACUCAGCUCCGGAUAUUCGGCAACGGCUCAAAGAUCAAUAUCAGGGGGCAUGUCGCCGACCGCGGAAGAAGCUGCUCCGCCAGUGCCUACCGAGAACAAACCCGCAGCGGCAGCGGCCAAACCGAAACGGAACCGAAUGAUUGCACCUCCUCCGGCGCAAUACAUCAAAGACGAUGGCGAUCUCCCGCCACCGAGCGUGCCGAGCGUGCCGAGCGCAUCGAAACCAACCGAAUCUUUGGAGCCAAAGGGGAGGAUGAUGUAUGCCUACCAGAAGGGUAGUGAUGGAGAGAUUACUGUUGCUGAUGGUCGCGAUGUGAGCAUCCUGGAGCCUGAUGACGGGUCAGGCUGGACAAAGGUGCGGGCGGGCACCAAAGAAGGUCUUGUUCCCACGUCGUAUGUCGAGAUUCUUCCUCUGACACCACCGCUGUCGACUCGACCGGACUCGACAUACUCUGCAUCUUCUGCGUCGUUGGCAGGUAGCGUCAGCGCAGCGGCAGGCAAGAAGAAAGGACCGGCGGUGGCACCCAAGCGCGGAGCCAAGAAGCUCAAGUACGUGGAAGCCAUGUACGAGUAUUCGGCGCAGAGCGAUGCGGAACACAGCAUGUCGGAGGGCGAGCGGUUUGUGCUCAUCAACGCAGACACGGGCGAUGGAUGGGCGGACGUGGAGAAGGAUGGGCAGGUGAAGAGCGUGCCUGCGAAUUACAUCCAGCAAGUGUGAGGCCGGCCAUGACUUGGGGAUGGAUAGACGAGUUGUUGUAUAGCAUUAUAGCAUUUUUAGGGGGAAGGGGGGAGAUUGUCUUUUGGCAUGGCGUUUGCAAAGGUGUCUUGUCUUUUAUCCUUGUUUUCUUGUUUAUGUUUACAUAGGUAGUUGGGGUUGCGAGUCGCGAUGACGACGCAAAAGAAAUCAAAACUUGAGCAUGAUGGCAUACUGGUCU